UAUGUAAACUACAGUAAGCGAAGGAAUUUACAUUCCUUUAGACUUUUUGACUCUAGUACAAAUCUGGAUUCCCUAGAAAAAAUGGGAAACAAAAAAGAAGUCAGCUGAUAGCUCCAGAACCACAGAGUGUACCUACUCUUUACAUCUACUUAGAGUUAUAUCUACUCUUUGCUCUUAGGCUAACCAGAGUUAUCCUAAGAGUGGUUAAAAAUUGAUAAUAGCUUAGUAAAGUUAUAAAAAUUCGAAGUUAAUUAUUUCGAUAUAAUUCGAUUCAUCUUAUAAUUAAUUAUACUAAUAAAAUCAACUAUAUUAAUCCAUAAAAUCAAUAUUAAUUGAAUUUUCAUGGAAACGGACAACUGGCGGCAUCUCUCAGACAAGUAGGGUGAACUACACACUUUUGAAACUAUAUUUUAGUUUUCUUCACGCGCGUUUAAUGCAUGAUUCCAGCAAACUUGCAUGGUACAUUUAGCACGCGCAUAUGUCUUCGUUCCAAUAAUACGACAUUUGACUGCUAGAUGGCAACAGCGGCACUGUUUCCAGCUCGUGCGCGCUAAUAUAUAAAUUUCAAAAUGCAUGUAGCAAUGAAACUCUUAAAAUGCUUACAACUUUUGAAAUUAAUCACUCCACCAUUUACUGUUGCUCAUUGCUCAUUACAAAAACCAGUGUGCUUUUAAAAGCAUUUAUUUGCGGAAAAGUUAUCAUUGAUAUUUUCCUGCCAAUUGAUACAAUAUGUGAUGGAGAUCCUUUCUUUUGACCACCACUUUUCUUUAAAUAAGACAAAUUUGCAAUUGAUGUAUAAGUUACAUUGGGAAAGACAUAUGGAGAUUUACGCGUUGCCAUAAUAUUAAUAAUAAAAUUUCUACAUAGAUGUUUUCAAAUUGUACUUGUAAUUUCUAGAAUAAUUUACUGUUAUAUAAUCAACGGACCGUAAAUAUAGAGCAGUCAUUCAGGCACUUCUGCUAAUACAAGCAACAUGGAGUUCUUCAGAUCCUUCCUUCGCGUCAUUGGACUGCUACAACCUGCCAAGGUGGAUUUCAUUUCUGAACUUCCACCCGAGGUAUCGCAGCUAAUUUUACGCAAGUUGGAUCCUGAGUCCUUGUUGAAUGUAGCACAAGUAUCACAAAAAUGGCUUGGAGUUUGCAGAGCUGACAAGAAGCUGAGGCAAACUGCGAGGCGUCACCUGCGCCACGAAGAGCGGCAAAGGAGAAUCGAGUUUUUGGGAGAGGAGGCUCUUGAAAAUCCUAGGAUUCGAGUUCCAAGGACUCGGGUUCCAAAGGAACCGUCCUCAAGGUACAAGAGAAUUCCUUUUGCUAGGUACGAGGCUGCUGUUGUGAUGGGGAGGGUGGAUCCUCGUCCACUUUCCUCAAAACAAGGUAAGGGGAGAGUAGCACCGGUAGAGUUAAGGUCAUCUAGAUGUAUUAGAUUAUAGUUUUAAUAAAGUCCCUUAUUCCAUUUAGCUUAGUUUAGUAAUAACUUAUAUUCAGUUUAAAUUAUAUCUCAUGACACCCUUG